AUGGCCUUGAAAGUAGAUAUUAAGAAAGCUUAUGAUUCAGUGUCUUGGGAAUUCUUGCUCAAAGCUCUGAAGGGUUAUGGCUUCAGUGAUCUUUGGUUUAAGUGGAUUUCUUCUAUUCUCCACUCAACCAGGUAUUCAAUUCUGCUAAAUGGUACUCCAACAGGUUUUUUUCAGCCGGCCAGGGGUUUAAGGCAGGGAUGUCCAUUGUCCCCCCUUCUCUCCACUCUGGUAACAGAUCAAAUUUCACAAAAAAUUAACGAGGCAGUGCAAAGGAAGGAGAUUACAGUCAUGCAUUCUACAAGAAGAUUACAAUCUCCCUUGUGCCAUCUUUUUUUUGCAGAUGACCUUAUGGUUGCUUGUCAAGCUUCCAUUUCAAAUGCUAAAGCCUUAGCUCUUAUCUGCAAGAAUUUUGAGGAAAUUUCUGGUCUUCAAAUGAAUCCUCAGAAGAGUAAGGUUUUAUUCUCUAGAGCUGCUAGAAGGAAGCAAGGUAUUUUGAGGCUGUUGCAGUGCUCAGAGGAGGUGUUUCCUAUCAAAUAUCUAGGUCUUCCACUCUGUCCCUCUGGUUUGAAAAGGUCCAAUUGUAAAGAAUUGAUUGACAAGAUUAUUAAUAAGAUCUCCCACUGGAAUACUAAGCUGCUGUCUCUUGCUGGUGAUUCUGAUUGUUGGAUUUGGAAGCCAAAUUCGCAAGGUCGCUUUGAUGUUCGUUCCUUCUUCAGGAGUCUUACAGCUGAGCCAGGAGGAUCUUUCCCGUGGAAGUCUGUUUGGCGCUCUAAGGCUCCUCUCAAGGUGGCUUUUUUUGCUUGGACCUCUAUUUUGGGUAAGAUUUUGACCCAAGACAAUUUGAGAAGGAGAAAUCAGGUGGUUGUCAAUCGAUGCUCUGAUUCUGUUAUUUGGAAGUCUAUUGUGGAGACUAGGGAAACCAUGUUGUUGAAUGUCUCUUAUCAAGUUGGCAGUGGUCAGGAAUUCAAUUUCUUUCUUGAUCCUUGGUGUGAGGGGUUAACAAUAGCACAAAAAUUUGGGCAUAGGAUGGCUAGAAGGUUACCUUUUCACAGGGAUGCUAAGUUAUAUAAUGUUAUGCUGAAUGGAGAUUGGAAUUUGGCUUUGGUACAAGAAGAUUUCUUUCAAGCAUUCAGAGAUUUUCUGAAUAAGCUUCCUACUAUGCUGAAUUUACAGAAAAGAAGGCUGCCAUUGGUUUCUAGAUGUUCUCUCUGCCUCCAAGCUUUGGAUACUAUGGAUCACCUUUUUGUUACUUGUGAUAUGGGAAAUUUUGCAGAGACUUCCAAGGUGUUGUGCAGCUUAUUUGCUGCUUCUUUGUGGGCCAUUUGGAAGGAAAGAAAUGCUAGACUUCACUUAGAUGUUUGUACUAUUUCUAGUUCAGUAGCUAGACAAAUUCUGUUUGAAGUUCUUACUGUUCAGCAUGCUAGUUUACAAGACCUUAUCUGUUAA